GCGUCGUCUCCCAUCAGACGGCGCGCGCGCGCCGGUGGCAGCAAGAGAAGGCUCAGAGAAGGUGGACGUUGAACAGCGGCAGACUCCGCGGCGUCGACCAUGGAGCAGACGUCGUCGUCAUCAACGGUAGAGCGGAAGACGUCUAGCGGCGGCGGCGCGUGGUGGCGUCGUGCCGUCGACGCUGCGUGAGCUCGCUGCCGCCGCGAUGCAGCGCGCUCUUCGUAUGAACGACGGGCAGCUGCUGUCGCUGUCCGAGAAAGCCAUGCACGACAACUGCUUGAGAGGCUACCUGUGCAAACGCACCGCGGACAGCGGACGCUGGCAGCUGCGCUGGUUCGUACUCUACCAGAACCUGCUCUUUUACUACGAAAACGAUUCCACGGCCCGGCCCUCCGGAGUCGUCUUUCUCGAGGGCUCCUACUGCGAGCGGCUCCUCACGCCCGUUACCGGAAAGAACACCGGAAACGCACAGCCGCUGCGGGGAGGAGGAGCUUCCACGCCAGAACGAGUCAAGUACAGCUUUACGAUCAGCUACCGGCGGGAAGGGGCCCGGCAGUACGAGCUCAAAGCCGAAACCGAAGCCGAAUGCAACAACUGGGUCCAGGCCAUCGACACCGCCAGCUUCAGCAAAAUGGUACUGCAGAAAGAAGAACUAGAACAGAAGCAUUUGCACCUGGUGCAAAUCGUGGAAAGCGAGAAAACAGCGAAAUGGCAGUACACUCAGCAGUGCGAGGAACUCACCAUCGAAAUUAAGAAGCUCCGAGCCGAGCUGUGCGCUCUCAAGAAAGAAUGGAGGCUGACCCCGAACCGCAGCGAAGACGAAGAUAGCGAAGAAAUAAAGAAAAUAAAAAAGGUGCAAAGCUUCUUCCGCGGGUGGCUCUGUCGACGCCGAUGGAAGCAAAUCGUAGCCGAAUACAUCAGCUCUCCACACGCAGAGAACAUGAGGAAAAGAAACAGUCUUGUAUUCCGAAUGGUGGAGGCUGAAGAGGAAUACGUGGAGCAACUCCAGCUGCUAGUGUCCUGCUUCCUAAGGCCAUUUAAGAUGGCUGCAAGUUCUCAGAAGCCUCCCUGCACACAUGACGAAGUCAACUCUAUAUUCCUGAACAGUGAGACUCUCAUGUUCCUCCACCAAAUCUUUCUGAAAGGUCUCACAGCCAGAAUGGAGAGCUGGCCAACGUUAGUUCUGGGAGAUCUCUUCGAUAUGCUCCUUCCGAUGCUGACCAUCUACCAGGAAUACGUUCGCAACCAUCACUACAGUCUCCAAGUAUUGGCCGAGUGCAAGCAGCGAGAGAAAUUCGCCGCCAUCCUUCAAAGGCUCGAAGAGAAGACCUUGCUGCAGGGUCGGACACUCGAGACCUUCCUCACAUACCCCAUGCAUCAGGUUCCCCGCUACAUCAUCACCCUGCACGAGCUCUUGGCGCACACACCGCACAACCACGUCGAACGCAGAAGCCUGGAGACCGCCAGAGCUAAACUGGAGGAGCUCUCUCGCCAAAUGCACGACGAAGUGAGCGAAACCGAAAACAUCCGGAAGAACUUGGCCAUAGAAAGAAUGAUCAUAGGGGGCUGCGAUAUUCUGCUUGACGUUAACCAAGUGUUCGUCCGGCAAGGCAGCGUGAUCCAUGUGAUGGGAUCAGAGAAGGCCAAGUCUCAGCGCUCUCGGAUUGCCAAUCUGAAAGGAGAAAAAGAAGUGGUGCGCCAGUGCUAUCUCUUUACGAACCACAUGCUGCUCUGCAACCGAACUUCGGCCGGGAAACUGCACCUAGUUGAGGCCAUCGGGAAAAUUCCCCUCGCUGAUGCCACUCUCAUUGAGGACCCCAACGAGCAGUUCCAGUUCAUUGUCGACGAUGGAGAAGGCUCCGUGAGCUCCGUAUCGAGUCAAUCGAGCGGAGUUGGCAGCGCCGACACAGCGGCGACAUCUGGCGGCGGAUCCGGGCAGCAGAAGGACUAUGGCGGCCUAGACUUCAAGAUUAUCGUCGACUUCAAGACUGCGCCCCCUGUCACCAUACACCUCGUGGCACCCACCAUGCAAGAAAAAGCCGCCUGGACCAGUGAUAUCAGCCAGUGUAUAGACAAUGUUCAUUUCAACGAUUUGUUCCACGGGACCAUGAGUGACGCUUCCUCGGUUACUAUGCCACAUUCCAUAAGAAAUGAUCCUCGUCUCUUCAAAGAUGACGUAGACAUACGGUUUAGUCGCACCCUCAAUUCCUGUAAACUUCCUCAGAUCCGGUAUGCUAGUCCAGAACGGCUGUUCGAGCGUCUAACGGACCUGCGAUUCUUGAGCAUCGAUUUCCUGAACACGUUCUUGCUCACUUACCGCGUGUUUACCGAUGGAGUCAAAGUGCUCGAGGCACUUAAGAAGGUUCACUACAAUCCGGACCUACAGAUCAACGCCAUGGGGUCCGCCCUACAGGACUCCACAGGGUCCUUAGACGCGGUGGGUAUGGAUGGUAUGGGCGGCGGCGGCGGCGGUGGAGGCGUCAGCACCGUCGGUGUCGGCGGAGGCGGUGGCGGUGCCGACCUGAGCAUCCUGGCCGUCGAUUACGACUAUUCACGACGAAUCAGCACGGCCAGUAUGCUCUCAGAAGCCGGCGAAGGCCAGCAGCAGGGAGCCGAGGGAUCGCCCCUGCAGCACCUGCAUCUGGCACAGCAGGCUGCGCAAGCCAGAAACCAACAACACUGGCGGCUCAGCUACAGGAAGUUUGAAGAGGACCAGCUGAAGGAGCAAAGCCUAAAGCGACUGCGCGAAGUUCUCCCUGCGUCCCCGAGCCCUGAGCCCAUCCUGGUCCCACCGCCUCCGACGCCCGAACCUGCCACCGGGGGUCUCAUCCACAUCCUCCCGGCAGAGGAAGGUUUUGUUCAUGCAGGCCCUUCCUACACAUCCGCACUGCAAGUGCCCUCCGAAGCUGCAGCCAUCAGGAUGACAGCAACGACGUCAGCGGUGGUUGAACCCACAAUGGCCCCACCGACGGCGACAGUAGAAGACGUCAAUCACCUAGGAACUUCUCCCAAGACGUCCAAGGCUUUGGACACCCAGAUGGCUGAGGCGAGCGGACCCCCGACGCCCACCCAGCUCAGUUCCACCGCCUCUUCGUCUACGCUCGUAGGAAGCGCUGAAUCCCCAAAAUCCAGUCCGAGCAGGAAAACCGUCCCCGCGAAGCUGCCAACGCAGGACAGCGUGCAGAAUACCCAAGAGGACACACCUCCGCCAACGCCUCCCGCUGCUGCAAUCAGCCCUCCCUUAGCACCAAGUCAGGCACCACAGGGCCAACCAAUGACCGCAUCCCCAGCAAAGGUCCCACCGACCCAGGAGAGCCGACCCGUGACUCGAGCACUCCCGCCGCCCAUGACAUCAAGCCAAUCUGCGCCCAAUGUCAUGAACUACCUGCGGGUGCGCGGAGCCCAGGGAAAACGCGGCAGCAGCGAUACGGAAAGCUCCAGCGUGUCAGUGACCCCGAGAUCCAGCUUCCAGACAGAGUCGACCAUUCUGUCAACGCCCAGGUCCAGCUUCCAGUACCCCGACUCCCCGCAGCACAGCAGCAAGGCUGGCGUUGUCGUCACUUCCUCGAGGGCUUCUACGCGGCGUUCCUCGACGGCCAGCGCCGCGGCGGCCUUUGCCGCUGCCACGGCGGGAUCCUCCAACCCGCCUGAACCCCUAGCGCAGGUCCCCAACUUGCCACCCGGAGCCCCCGGUACAUCUCAACCGCCCAGUCGUGCUGGGAGCAGGCUUCCCAGCGCCGUCGGAGCAGAUCUCAAGAUCCCCGGAAACGUUGGCGGUGCUGGUGGACCGCCAGGUGGACCAGGUCCUUCCGGACUGCGCUCCAAACGGGAGUCCAUGAUCAGCACAGCAGCUACAAUGCGUGUGCUCAACGUACUUCGACACUGGGUCUCCAAACAUUCACAGGACUUCGAGAACGACCCGAAGUUGCUGCAAUUAACAACGGAGUUUCUAGAAGAGCUGGUGCACAACACCAGUCUCUUGCCGACUGAACACAAGGCAGCCGCGCAGUUGCUGCAUAUGAUCUCCAAGCAGGACGAAGACAAGACCAAAGUGGACCUAGACAUUCUGCUGGCUCCACCUAUUAAUCCUAGCAAGGAGACGAUCGAAUCGCUGUCGGCCCUAGAGAUCGCGGAAGGUAUGACAUAUUUGGAUCACAAGAUUUUCAUCGCAAUACGCAGCGAGGAGUUCUUGGGCCAAGCUUGGAUGAAGCCCGAAAAGGCUACCAAGGCACCGCACAUUCUACUGAUGACCAGGAGAUUUAAUGACGUUAGCCGGAUAGUGGUGUCCGAGAUUAUGCGGUGUCCGGAGAUGUCCAAGCGAGUGACCAUCAUUGAGAAAUGGGCCGCGGUGGCCGACAUUUGCCGUUGCUUGCACAACUUCAAUGGAGUCCUUCAAAUCUGCGCCGCCUUCAUGAACAGUUCCGUGUUUCGGCUCAAAAAAACCUGGGAGAAGGUCUCCAAAACGACGAAGCAAACGAUUGACAAGCUACAAGCGCUUGUGUCAGCAGACGGGAGGUUUCGCAAUAUGAGAGAUGCCCUUCACAGGUGUGACCCUCCGUGCAUCCCGUACCUGGGUAUGUACCUGACGGACUUGUCGUUCAUUGAAGAGGGAACGCCCAACUUCACAGAGGAAGGCCUGCUCAACUUUUCAAAAAUGAGAAUGAUUGCUCACGUGAUUCGAGAGAUACGGCACUUUCAGCAAACUCCGUACAAGAUUGAGAUGAACCCAAAGGUGUUCAACUACCUUCUCGACCCUGGAAGACUAAUGCCGGACGAAGAACUGUACCGGCUCAGUCUGUGCCUGGAGCCUCGGCUAUCUCGGCUGGGCACCAAGGUCACGGCACCCCCCUUCGCCCCCACAUAUGCCUCAGCCACCACUUCGUCCUCGUGAGAGCGCCCCCCCAUUCACCUGGAACUCUAAUACUGGACUCUGCAUCUGCAGUGGGGUGGCUAGUACAGUGGAACCUGCAGAUACGAGGGGACCCUGCCUCCCUUUCGGCCUCGUCUACUCGCUGUUCACAACGGCUCCCGCGAGAUACAUUCCCGUUUCAACUGUUGGCAACCGCUACAGGGGCAGGAAGAAGUGUCCAACAGGUUUCACUGCAGGAAUGGUGAGACCCGACAAGCAGCAGAGGAUAACCGCGUAUCAGUCCUCCUACUGCACAGAGAAAAAAUAAUUUCUUUUUUUAGAUAGUAACGCAGGUGCACAGUUACAUUAAAACGUACCCAUAGAAGUACCCGCUUCUAAAAUAUUGGAAUGACUGCUCUAGAAAAAUAAAUAUAUAAACAAAAUACAGGAAACAAUAAUGAGAAAUGGUUUGGCAAAUUACACUGAGUGCAUUGUUUGCAUCAAACUUGCCAUUCCUAAAGACUGUCCAAAAACAUUAUUUCUUCUCAGUUCCAGCAGUAUUGAACGAGACGCAUGCUCAUGCACCAUGAACAUGUUUUACAGGACAGGCACGCAAAUGCAGGGACAAAGCCCUUAUGAGAAUUGUACCCUGCCUUGCAAUGCAGAAACUCAGUCACGCAUGCUGAGGUCUCAUCAUUCCUCCUGACAUUAAAAAAUGACCUCACCUACAUUCACAUCCACCUCAACCCAGUUGCAUCGUCACCAUACCACAUAUCCAUCCUACAAAAGGUACAUUGUACAACACGAGACAAAUGCCACAUCCUAGUUUCCUCUUUUGGGCACUAGCCGAAAGAGUACCCUCCGUGAACUACGCAAACAACACUGACAAACUCGCCCCUUCCAAAAGCCCCACGACUAGAAGGAUAGAAUCUCAACAUUGCUCAAAAUGGUGACAGAAUGGUGGUGUAAAGGUAAAGAUUGUUAGCUAGCGCAGAUAACACAAGAAAACGUGUUUGGUUAAUAUGUCACGUUUGGCAUACUAUCUGGUAAUAGCAGGAGGCAAAAUUGUUUGACGUUCUACAGUGUGCAAUAUACCACAUGUAUGUUAGGACUGAACCAGUCUGCUCAGGAAAAAGAGCACAUGGUAACUAAGUUACCAAUGGAUGAUACCGUUGUGCAAAGAAAAAAAAAAUCACAGUAUUAUCUCUGUCAGAUUGGACUAUUGACUGACUGAUCAAACCAAUAUGAGACAAACCACAGAAAGAUUGAGAGUGCAGACAAAUUUGUAGCGAUACAUACUUUGCACUUUUCACCAGAGGAAUUAGAAAACACUGUGCACCCUCUUACGGUCGCAUUUGUCUGAUCUUACCCCAGAACAAAUACGGACGAUAGACAAACUACAAAUAAAAUUGGCCAUAAAAACCUGGCAGAAAAUAGGAAAAAGCCCCUUAAUCGCAACUUCCAAGUGUAAAACUGUCUAAGCAAAAGAUUCAUGUCAAGUCCCAACCCACACAGAAUGCAGAAGGUCAGGUUCAUUACAAAAAGAAAUCCACGGUAACGUCAUGUUCCCAUGACUUCACGAAACCCCCAUAACAGCUGAACAGCUGCAGGAUCCAAACACCCAUCCCAAAAUUUCCCUUUGACCUGAUUUUACGUGAACCUCCUGAAAGUUCAUCCCAGUCCUAGUACGGAGAAGGCGAGAAGAAGCGCCAAAGUAGUGACGACCCACGGUUGACAAGCUACGCAGCAUGAGCUAGUUACGACGUGUGGCACGUUCAAAUCCGCCUCAAAGAGGCAAUGCAUGGUGCAUACAAAGUUUACUACACUCAUUUGUGAAGUUUGCCUAAUUGUCCCGUUUUCUAAGAUGCGCCACAAUGACCAAGCAAAAUAAGAAAGAAAGAAAGAAAAACAAUUGUGCACAAAACUGGGACUACAACUCUGCAAACUGCCCCACGAAGUCUCUCUCUGAACCUAUAAUUACAUUGACCGGGCUUUAUGUUCAAAGUGAGCAUACUUUAUUAUAUAUAUCUCUUUCCAUUCUAGUCCGAUUUGUGUUUCCUCAUUUGUGCUUACCUAAUUGAGUACAGGGCAGGGUGUCUCCCAACACGCUGCAACAAUAUAGAACGGAAACCUUAUGGCGUCUCCGAUAGCAAAGCCACGUACAAACCAGGCAUUGCUGGUGCAUUUUUUUUUUCCCGAACAAAAGCACAUUGUUGAUACGAAGUACACAUGAUUGAUUCAGGUGAUAAUUACUUCUCAAAAGCUAUUUGACUGCAGGUAGGAACAUAUUAUAAAGUUAUCCGACAUCCCAGGUUCUUAAAACAAGUAUGGGUUGAUUACCGUUCACCUCACUUAGUGUGAUGCACUGACACGGAAGUUGCAAGACACAGCUUAUUGUGAAGUGAGGUGACUUUGAUUGGAAUAGGCUGCAAACAAAUAAGUAAAUGUUACUGCCCCAUCUGGUUGCAACAACGACGACAUUCCUCGUGCAAAAAUUUUGUGCUCCCUCACAUUUUUCUUACGACAGGGAAUUGCAUUUCUGUUCUGCCACACAUUAAAUGUCAGAAAUCCUACCGAAGAGUAAUUUUUAAACGUCGUCUUUGAUUCGCUUCUAACUAGCUGCCGACCUGUAUAGCGGCCAGUAUAUAUAUACUUUGUCAUAAUCGUUACCCUCAUUUCACUCUGAAGGCUCUCGACAAACAAUACACACCCAGUAAAGAGCUUAAACCCUCUUAGAGCACACCAUGCUGAUAUAAUAUCGUUGGUCUCUGUAACCUUGUCUUGACAGAUCCUCAAGUUUUGUAGCAUUCUCUGUUCUUUCAAGACUACAAACAACGCGAGAGCAAUGUAUUCCACCACAGAAAACCCCACCCCGAGUGAUUUUACAGUGUGGUAGACACUACCGCAACCUCACAGUGUACUGUACUGUACGAUGCUUUACACCGACUCACAGCUUUGUUGUUCAAACACUACGCAGAUAAACGCUUUGCCUAAAGCAUCGAAGCACCGGUAGCGAAGUGCUUACCCUCCUUUCAAAGCUCUGGACAAAGCUUAAAGUGUUAGGAUGAAACGACGAAUGCCAUAAUACACUCUCCGAUGCAGGUACCUAACGUUUUGCAGUAUACACAAACAACAAGUUGAAACAAUCCACAGGUACUGUACAUUGUACUAGACACGGUAAGGACACAAAGCUCAACACAAAUCAAGCGCUUACUACACCACAGUUUCUCUUUGCUCGUUUACUUUCAUUCUCACAGGACACUGUUGUUCCCUCUUUAAGUCACACAGGCAAACGUACACUGUGUUGCGUUUGAACGGAAACAUAUAGUAUAUAUGUACAUAUUACUAAUUUAAUCUGACACCUUCAUCCCCAUUCCAUUUCACCUCAUCCAGUGAAAGCCAAGUGAACUCUGACGUUUUCACUAAAUGCAACGUUUUGUCUCUGCCGCCUCCCCUCCACAACAUGUACAUAAACAUGGCAGGCCCAGCUCAAUUAUAUCUUACAAAAUGGCUACGAGUAACUGUCCCUGCUGCUUCUUUCUUCUGCAUACCCCUGUACCAAUAUGUGUUUUGGUUCAAGUUCCUUUGAGGCUAGCUACAAUUACAAAAUGUAUUAUUUUUCAGCAGUAUUACCACCUUUUUCAUCUGCAAUGCAAAGAAAUAGAUAAUGGGAAAACAGCUCCUCAAACUGGUGACCCGUCAUGUAGAGCAAUAGUGCCUGAAAUGCAAAUGCUUGCACAUGCUGUACAAGUCCUUAUUUCCUAAUGUGUAGAAUCAUUCUAAGUGUUCACUGCCAUCGAAACGCAGACCUGAACUGGGGAUGGCAGACUAAGGAAUGUGCUACACAAAAAAAUUUCAUAACGAAAAAAACAACAACAAAAGAACAGAUUUAAUAAAAAUUCCCUGAUAUGCAGCAGAUAUUUUGUAUGUACCAACAUAUUACUGGACUAUCUACUUCACUGUGGUAAUUGCUAAACAAGAGGCACACUAUUGCCUAUGACAGGCGAUUCGUGUUUGACAACGGACACUUUACACUGACGUAACCGUGCUUAAAAGUACUCAGCUUUAAAAGUUUGCACGUUUUAAGUUCACAAGUUCGAAAACACACGUAAUCUGUCCUUUUACUUCACAAGCCUAGCCACAAAUUUCAAAGCCAGGAAGCCGACUUACCACAAAGUGAUAUGGUCCUCUGUGGUAAUAUGAUACCAGGGUAUAGCAUACUUCAAGUCAGAAAUAUUCAACCAGGAAGUAUUUAACUGGGAGAGUGAAAUCGCCACCAUUAGGUGGUGAGGUGGUAGGGACUUAUUGUUGUUUGCUAGCUAAAAAGAAAUACAACCAAGACGGGCUAUUACAUUCUGGAAAGAGUAGAAUACAUAUGAUGGUUUUUCCAAAAGCCCAGAAGAACAAAUUAGAACUGUGCAAACAAGCUGGUGCACUGUAGAAAAAAGCUCAUCAGCUUUACCAUACAGCAUGGGGUAUAGAAUUCAAAUUUUUUAUGUCAACUACCUUUAUGACCCGCAAGAAGGAAUACGUAAGCUGUUAUGUAACUCACAUCACACAUCAUAUUUAGAGCCUGAAGUUUUCGGGUUUAACCCAAUUCUUCCCAAAAUUUGCACCCUGAAUUGAAGGUUGCCUGUUUAGGAUGAAACCCAAUUUUUACCCAGCAAAUUGUCCUCACAGAAACGUCUGUAGGAAUGCACACUAACUUGUUUGGCAGCAAAUGUAGUUACAUCACUGUUUGUACCAAACCAGUACAGUUAGUUUGGGUAACUGAGCCACAUUUUCAUUUUCCCAUUUUUUACCCCCCCCCCCCCAAAUGUAAUAAAAAAAAUAUUUCCCGAUAACGUCAGGCUCUAAUCAUAUUCCAGCAAAAUGAAAUUGUGCCUUUAAUGUAGUUAUGAUGUUAUUCCGCCUCAUCAUAUUAUAUGUUGGAUUCUGCUAUUCAGAAUGCAGAAGUAUUAUUGAGGCAACAAAAAUGUAAUCAUAUGAUUGCCAUGUUUCCGUUGGGCACAUUGUAAUGUUAUACAGUCUGCAGAGAAAUUUCUUCGUGUCAAAGGUAUAUACUAGUAAUAAGCACAAGGCAUCACAGGAAAUUGUUGAAACAAACUUUGUCACAGCAUACUCUAGAUGACAGCCGCUAGUAUAUCAGCACUUGCUUGUAUAUUGCAUAUCCCCUAGAACCUGCACAACUGGUAUUUGGUCCUUAAUUCCACUGUGCUGCAUAUCAUGCUGCAUAUCAAAAAGCCUGUGGUUUUUGGGACGGUCUGAAAAAUAAAUUUUGUAACCUAACGUACUGUAAGUUCGGUUGGCAAAACAAUGUUCGUGCAUUCAAGGAAAAUUGUCUAUCUCGUCGGAACUUGAUUGUGCAGGUGGCUACGUGACUCCUUGUAACCAGAUUGCUGUGCUUGCACGAAUUAAGUUCAAAUAGAAUUUCAAUUUUAAAAUCGAUUAAAAAUGCCACGUCAUGGCAAUCAGCAGGAUAUAAGGUAUCAAUGGCCCUCAGGAUUGCCAAGCCUCGGAUUCAUUAUGUGUUUACCAGAAAACAGAAGCAGGUAGUUAAUGGCAUGGCCUAGGGGAAAGGAUCAUACCCGAAAACCUCAGUCUGUGCUAGAAGAUUAUUAGUGUUAUUCACUGUUUCAUAUACAUGAAACAAACUUCUAAGUUUACUUGCAUUGUAGUUCAAAUAAUACAAAAAUUGGUUUUAAUUAGGCUUGUAAUCACACAACUAAACGAAAACUAUAAAGAGCUUUCUUGUUACCAGAUGGGUCGCACAUCACGAUGACAUCUCGACAGCAACCAGAAACAGUAUUAUCUUCAAUAACGUUUGAUCCCAUUGAUAAAUGUUUAGUAUUCACCAUGUCACCUUUAGUUUAAGCUAACCCGCCAGUUAUAUAAAAUGAAUUCAGCAUAUCUACCAUAGUUAUAGAUUACCACCCUUCCCAUCAAGUACAACUAAACAAUACAGCUUAAAGCACAAAAACUUGCCAGCAUGCACAGCAAGUUUAUUACAUAAUCUGCAUAUUUCUAGUCUGCCUAGCACUGGGUUGUACUGUAGGUAUCCCAAGUUUGACUUCCUUGGCCUAAGAUCUGUAGCAAUAACAAAUGUUUUUUUUUUUCUUUACUGUUUUUAAUGCUAUUUUACUGCUCCAAAUGCAGAUUACUUUGCUCACUCAAAGAAUAUCUCCCAAUACUGAACCUCUUGCACUCAAAUUCCUCUUUGUUCUCUGCAGAAAGCAUCCCCAUAAAAUUGGAUACACUACACUACACUUCUACCACAAGACAGUUGUCUACAGUACUGAUAAAAUUUCCCAAAGGACAUGUAUUUUGCGAUGCUGCACGUAGCCAGCAAGCCCAGUCCACAAGCUGUGGCUACUGUUGGGUUACUGCAGUCAUCAAAUUGUGGAAAGCCCAUUGUAGGACACAUAUUUUGAAGAGAUCUUUGAAAGUGAAGUUGUCACAGGAAGUGAUCUCUUGUUAUACCUGAUCUGAUAAAAUACGUCCUGUUAUGACCGAUGAAAAGUGCAGUGGGUGACGACGACAUACACCUGCAGCUUCUCCCGUUUUAACGGGGACAACCAAAACGCUCCAUUAAGCACCAAGAGACAGCAACACGGAUGCACAUGAAUUGUGAGAAACAUAUUUUAUACAGGGUGAUCUUAGUGAGAGAAGGCUUUGCAUUCUCGCGGAAAGCAGUAUUAAAUCUCUCAUAGUCUCUUCCAGACAAAUUCUUCGAGUGAUUAACACCAACAUGGACGAAAAGAAACAAAGAAUAUAUCAGAGUAUGCACUAAAUAACAAAGCUAUGUAAUGUUUAAAUGAAUCAAAUAACCAUGACCUCAGUCUCAUAACAUGACCAUAAGCUCUCUUCUUGGAGAGUUCCCCAUAAUUUUAUGACGUGAGCAUAAGAGCUUCUGCUACUUUUUUUUCUUUCCGUGAAGUCACCCCUCAAUUCUCUUUAGCAGGAUGGUUCACACGAUAAGGUAUCAUCAACAAAAUGUCUCGCACAUGUCACUCCCUAUUGCCUACGUAUGGCUAGAAGAUAUCGCUAUUUCUAACACCCUUUGUGCUCAAUCGGUUGCAAAACCAAUGCAAGCUCCAUCUGUUUCGCUUUACCACCGACUUUUACUUAUUUACUCCCAAAAUACCCGUGCCCUAAAAGUCACUAGGUUUCCCCCCCCCCCCCAAGUACCCAAAGCCAAUAAGUGCUACCUGAUGCUGCACCGCUACACAAGGGGACAGACACUACACAUUACACAGAUGUAUAGAUAUGUACACAGAUUCACAAAGCGAAAUGGUAAGCAGACUACAAAUAAUCGAAGCAGAGCAACACGGCAUCGCUUGCAUUGGCAGGCAAGCUAAAUGGCAUAUUUUUCUCUUCCUCACAGUUUGCGUGAAAGACUCCUUUUCGUACGUGUAUGAUACGAUAUAUACAUAUGUGUAAAGUAUGUGAACCAAAUGCACACCAAGAGUUUUUGUUUUUGGUGCAGUUUUUUCGUCUCCCGUGUUUCUUGACGCAGAGUCUGUGUGGUCACCACUUCCCCACCUAUAGCAUUUCAAACUACUUCGAUGCCGUUUUGAUACACUUCUGUAACACUUGCGCCGUUUUCAGACCCUCGAUGCCCUCUGCUCCCAUUGUGAUCAUUCCACUUCCCAACUGCCAUAUCCUUCACUGAGAGUUUGGCUUGUUUUAUAUGCCUGGAGAUUGCAUGAAACCCCCCCUUUCUUUGAGAAUCUACCCUAAAAGUUGAAUCAGGUUCUUUCAACUGUUGCAUAUGUCAUCUGUCUACUCAAACGACUUGAGGCUCAAGUCACACAUGAAACCUCGCUACAAAGAAGGUUAAAGAAGCUCUGUUGCAUGAAGGAACCCUGCACACGAUAUGUCGCAAGCGCAAAAGAUAUACUUCAACAAAGCAGGGUCGCUGUUUGUCGUAGCAGCAGUCCUGCAAGGCUUGUGGCCAACCGUUCGAUGCAAGGUGUGCUGAGUCACAGGAUUCCUGCCAGUGCCCCUACCGGGGCACACGGUUAGAGAGAACUCUUCAUACGAAACAUGCUUUGUAACUAGUAGUGCUGGACUGCCGUUAUGAAGGAUUUGCCUUGCGACGCUAAUAUGGCCCAGAACUUUCAGUGAGCUUACUACCUAAUCGACAUGGUCAUUCCAUACUUCCACGAACAAGCACCAAGGCAUGUGACGUAACUUUGCACAACGUUUGAACAGUUAUCUAGUAGACAGCGCAAACACAGUUUGAUCAGAACUACACAAGAUAUAAUACCAAAUAUAUUAUGCUUCUAUUGUGUCAUUCUCGUUAUAGUAACUACAUUAAAACCUCCAAAGUCUGACACCUCCCUACCUCGGACACCUCCCCGUGUUGGACAAGAUUUAAUUGCACCGGCAGGCUCCGAUUGAAACUACAUGGGGACAAAAUUCUCUAUGUCAGUCACCUCCCCAUCCCGGAAGUAGGACAGGGUUUUCCCUGCUAAGUCGGACAAAACCCUGGCCAAAUCACCUCAAUCUCAGCUCAUCUUUGCACCUAAAAGACCCAAGCUGAGCCAGUGCCCUUGACUUUUGCCCUUUUUUCCCCCUAUGCUGGUCUCAGCAUUUUGUUAUUUUAGUUUUUCCGAGUCCAAAAACGGGUGUUGUCAGUCUACAUCGUAACUAUUCCUUGUGUGAGCAUUUGUCUUCGGUUUGUCUAGAGCCUUUGAACUCGCACUGCACCAAGGCAAUGAAAAGUGGGCUGACGGUUCAGAGACAAGUCCUUGAGCUUAAUUCCAAGUGGGUUUAAAUUAUCAAGCAGGCAGCACGCUGCUCGAAAAGCUAUAAAAGUAAUGUCGUUGAGUGUAAUCUGCACGGAAUUGAAUCUACCAAAAUCAGUAAUAAUUAUCAGUGAAGAGUGGGUAGAGAGGUACCGGGUACCACUAAUGACCAUGAAUUGAAGAAGGGGGAAAUUUCUGGCAACAUGGCUGUGAUCUUUCCCAUUUUUUGUUUCCCUCGUAUUCUGUAACUGGGACACCUCCCAAAAGUAGGACACACUUCGGCUGCAGUGCAGGUGUCCAAGAUAGGGAGGUUUCACUGUGGACUAUAGUUAUAAAUAGUUAUAGCAUAGUUAAUGGAAAUGACUUCCAUUUAAAAGGACCAAAGAGAGCGAAGCUACAAAAAUAUUUGGACGUGCACCCUCGCAGACGAAACUAGCUCUCCUAUUACCUUUUUUGCGUGAGAGUCACUUCGGUCUCUACAUAACCUUUUAUGUAUGAAGGCAAAUAAGCAUCACAUUAUUCACAUUGUGGAAGUAACUUCAACAACCUUGGUGGUACCCCAAAAAUGUAAUUAAUGGGAUGGGUCGCUGGAGUUCCUGCUGUUGCAACAAAGCUUCUGAUGUAUCAAAGUUAGCUGUAGCGAAGUUUCAACCCCUUGCUUUAACUUCCUCUACCACAACUGCAAACAUUUCUAUUGGCUUCCUUUGAACCUCGUGUGUACUCACAUUGCAGUGCUGAGAUAUUUUGUGUUUUCCAAAGCCAGGGUCCAUAAAAGUUGAACAGUCCUCUGUACAAGUAGAGUUGUGUGUCUGUUUCUCUGAACUAAUGGUGACAAUAAUCUUGUCUCACAAAAUGUACAGGCACCAGCUCUGUGGGUUCCAAAGCUAUGACGUUACUUUUCGUGUGUUUUCCCAUGAACCUGAUUUGUUGACAUGUAGAUAUGCCUGCGAUAAUGCAGCAUGUAUGUCUACAAAAUAAAGCAUCUCCAG